AUGGUCGAUUCUCCUCCGAAACCUUGGGAAUUGGGUGAAAAUGGACGGAAAACAUCUUCGGGUGAGAAUGCUGCUAACAGUACUGAAGAAUCACCGGCGCUUCCGGAAAGAAAUACAGCAGCAUUGGUACCUGGAACGAUACCUGCUUCCAAUGGAAUGAUGUAUCCGUAUUCGUAUCCACAAUACGGUACUCCGGCUGCUUUGUUAAAAAUGGGUUACAAUGGGUAUGGUGCAUUAAACCCAGGGAUUGCUCCUUUCGGCGCGUAUCCGGGCAUGGAAGCUGCUUCAGGAGCUCUAUAUAAUAAUCCCAAUGAAAUCUCAGCAUUUCAUCUUAUUGAAGGAAUCGUGAGUGCUGUUGGAGGAAUUGCCCAAGUUCUUGAAUCAAGUCUUAUGGCCGCUCAUAUGACAUACAACACAUUUAUGUCAAUGGCUGAGAAUUUUAAUCGCCUGCGCAUUUCCUUGCAAUCUAUAUUCAGUAUUUUCUCACUGGUAAAACGUGUCCGGAGACUUAUCGCCCGUGUAUUGGGAAGAACCAGUAAAGACUACUCUUACAACGUGGCAAACGAUGACAUUGACAAGUGGAAAAACGAGUCAAGAGGUCCCAGCUUGUCCCGGGGAGCUGUGCUUACCAUACUGGCUGGACUUUUUGGACUUCCGUACAUCAUUGUUAAACUGUGCAAACAGCUGUACAAACAGAGUCAAAACAAUCUGCUUCGCUCUACUGUUUCGACAGAGCCAAUUGAGUUUUGCAAAGCAAAUUACACCUUCACGCCACGGGACCCUACAAAUGAAUUGCCCUUAGCUGUCGAUGAAAUUAUUGCUGUGCUUUCCAAAACCGAUUCUCAAAAUAGAGACAGUAAGUGGUGGUAUGGCAGAAAAAGGAACGGACAGCACGGUUGGUUUCCAUCUAAUUACUGUACCGUCGUGCCGUUAGCUGGAAAGGAGGACAACAAAACAGCGGCGACAGACGAUGAUAAUUCCUCUCCUACGCCCGCUCGUUGA